CUGUCAGCUGUUCUUGUUUUGCUUCUUUUCCUCCCUGCAUUUUCUUGUCGGGCCGAGAGCAGUCCUCCCAAAACAUUGGAGCUGAAACUAAAUUUCAACAUUUUUCAAACGGAGAAAACCUCCGACUUUGCCUUGAAAACUUCCACGUAAACCUUUUGGCCCACUUUUCUGCCACGUUGGAGUCGUCUUCCGCCGACAUCGAGCGAAGAGGUGCUGCCGUUCCCAGGCCUCCAAUCCACGGCGGAGGGAGGGAAGGAGGUCGCUGGGAAUCGGGAUGGAGUCUGCAGUGGGUGCCAGUGGGCCUGGUGGACCGGACGGACCGGAUACACCGGGAGUCCCGUUUGGAUGCGCCUCGUUCAACCAAGACUCCACGUCAUUGGCUUUGGGAACUAAGACUGGGUACAAGCUGUUUUCUCUGACCACAGUGGAUAAACUGGACUGCAUUCAUGAGAGUGCAGAGACUUCCAAUGUCUACAUUGUGGAGCGUCUCUUCUCUAGCAGUCUGGUCGUUGUUGUAAGCACCACUACGCCGCAGCUCAUGAACAUCUACCACUUCAAGAAGGGCACAGAGAUCUGCAACUACAGCUAUCCCAACAACAUCCUGGCUGUCAAACUCAACAGACAUAGGCUUGCUGUGUGCCUUGUGGACUCCAUUUAUAUCCACAACAUCAAAGACAUGAAGCUGCUCAAGACUCUGCUCAACAUUCCAUCCAACCCUUCAGGCCUCUGUGCUUUAUCUACCAAUCAUUCCAACUCCUACCUAGCAUACCCUGGCAACGCCACAAUGGGAGAGAUAAUAGUUUAUGAUGCCAACAAUAUGAGCACAGUGACAAUGGUCCCUGCGCACGACAGUCCUUUGGCAGCUCUUUGCUUCAAUGCCUCAGCCACCAAACUUGCCAGUGCCUCAGAGCGGGGCACUGUAAUCCGAGUGUUUUCCAUUCCUGAGGGCUUGCGUCUGUUUGAGUUCCGUCGUGGCAUGAAGAGGUACGUCAACAUAAGCUCUUUGUCCUUUAGCCCUGAUGCCCAGUUCCUCUGUGCAUCCAGCAACACAGAAACGGUACAUAUCUUUAAACUGGAGCAAGUGGGACCAAGUGGAGAUGAGACUGCCAGUUGGUCAGCCUAUGUGGGAAAGAUGUUCACAGCAGCCAGCAGCUACCUACCUGCUCCAGUAUCUGGUAUGAUGAGCCAGGACCGCGCCUUUGCCACAGUUCAUCUCGUCACGUCAGGCCAGAGGAACGUCUGUGCCCUGACCAUGAUCCAGAAACUUCCACGUUUGCUGGUAGCCACAGCUGAUGGCCAGCUUUUCAUCUACAAUGUGAAUCCAGAGGACGGAGGCGAGUGCAUGUUGGCAUUCAAUCACAGGCUUUUUGGUAUUGAUGACUUGCAUGAGGCUAAUCAUCAAGAAGCAGAGGGAUCAGAAGUCACAGUGCCAGCACAGGCGUGUCCAUCAUAUGCUGCAACUGUUGCCUUACCAGCUUCUGGUCCCACCACAGCGACUCUUACUGCUCCAUCCACAUCAUUCUUCUACCAGUAUCCUCACUCCCUCUCCUCUGGAUGUGUCCAAACCAUCGAAGUCUCUAAUCCCUCUAAUCAUGGCUGGCCUCACCACUCUCCAAUCAACUUUGCCCUUCAUCGUAGCAGAGACUCUUCAGUCACAUAAGACAUCUGAUAUUUUCCUCCACGCGUUCUAACCUGCUUGGACCCGUUUCUUCACUUCCUUAUCACACUCCCCAUUGCUACGGACUGUUGACCCUGAAGUAUUCAAAUUCCUCCACGCUCGCUAUCUCUUUUCCCUGUAGCCUCCCUGUUUCCCCUCAACCCCUCUCAUUCAUACACAUACUAUAUAUAUAUAUAGCUUUUCCUGUCAUAGUCCCAACAUUCAAAGUCCUCACAUUCAGUUCUAGACUCUAUGCUUUCCUCUUCUCUUUCUGCCUAAGAACCCGCUUUCCUCCUCCCCUUCAUCUUCGAACCACAGUAGCUGAAUUUCCACUGGCGCCCUGUAGGUUAAUGGCGGCAGUGGUGGACGUUGUUAACACGGGCCACGACUGAUCCGCUAUGGAAUUUCUUUGUGAUAAAUACUCUUAUUUAUUUGGUAAAGUUUUAAGCCGGAUGCCCUUCCUGACACAACCCUCUGCAUUUAUCUGGGCUUGGGACCAGCCUACAGUUUGUACUGACUUGUGCCCCCCAUAGAGCUACAUUUAGCUAAAACAUAAACAAUGAAUCUAUAUGAGGUAAGCAUUAGUCUGCACAAUUGGCAACACAUCUAAAAUUAUUUGAAUGCAUCAAAUUAGCUUGUACAUCUCAAUAAAGAAGUGACAUACAACUUUUUCCUGUCAGGGGUCAUCACAGCGAGUCUCUCGCAUUAUUUGGCUUUUAUGCCAGAUGCCCUUCCUAACGCAACCUAUCCAUUUUGGUGACUGGCAGUGGCUACGAAUUGGUACACUGACCCGUCUUGUGUUUUCAAGGCAGCAGCAUGUACCAGUACACUCCCGACCACUAAAACAUUUUUAAUAAACGUGGCAAGUAACUUCAGAGACUUGUUUUUUACUGCGCAUUUGCACAUAAAAUUAAAUAACAAUUCAGGUACAUCUCAAUAAAUUUUAAUAUGCUAGAAAAGUCUAUUUAGUUCAGUACUGAUACAUUCCAUAGAUUCAUGAAACACUUGGGGAAAUGCUUUUCAGAGGGCAAAUCCCUGCCCAAUUUCUUUAUAUUUGCACAUGAAAUUACUUAACAAUACAGGUACAUUGCAAUAAAUUAGAAUACGCUAGAAACGUCCAUUUAUUUCAGUAUUGAUACAUUACAUAGAUUGGAAACUAUAUAUUUGACACUUGAAAAAAUGCUGUUCAGAGAGCAAGUCCCUGCCCAAUUUCUUAAAAAAAAAAACAAGUUGACUGAAGUUUCUGUUUCCUUCAUCUGU